AAAGAAAUUCCGUUUUUCUAUUGAAACAAUGAGUUAGAAAGAGAUAGUUAAACUAUGAGUCAGCUACAAAUUUCUCAAUUCUUAAUUUAAUUUUUCAAUAAAGUUAUUUUUUUUUAAAUUUGAACUAUGAAUUGGGGGUGAUAAAUGAGCAAAACAUAAUUUAUUCAAGGACUUAUCGCUUUCUAGCUCAUUGUUUCUUAUGGAGAAACCAAAUUUAUUUUUUUUUCUCAAAAACUAUUGAAGGUAAAGCUAUAAAAUCUUAUAUCAGUGAAAUCAAAAAGAGCUAUGCAAUGAAAAAAUAAUAUAAGGGGUGUCCCAACACAACUUCAGUUUAUAUUCCACAAUUGGUGGCAUCUAGAAAAAAACUGGUCACGCCACUGGAUUCUACUUGAAAAACUGCCACUAGAAAGUAUUUUUAGUUUUUGGAUAUCUUGAUUAAUAAGGAAAUUAGAAGGUCUUUCAAAAUUAGACCAAAUUUGAAAAGUGCCCUGUACCUCUUUCCUAAACGCACCAAGUUAGUUGUGAUUUGUCUUCGCUAUUGUUUUCUCAAAAAAAGAGCUCGAGAAUGUGCUCCCAGAUUUUUGAUAUCUUUGCUGGUUUUUGAUAUGAUCGAAAAUGGGCCACCCUGUAUUGAUUUUCAAUUUGCUUCAAAAAAUACAAUUGCUCGCGAGGUGGUGUAAUGUUGGUUCCAAAAGUGCAAGUUUGAGAAUAACGGAGAAUGGUGAAACCUGUUUUUUUAUAAUUUUCAAAUUUCCUGCUAUAUUAACAUGUCUUGCACCGGUUCUACACCAAGAUCAGAGUAUAUUUUAUUUUGCAUCACACUUGAAAUACCUUAUUCUGGUGUCAGAGUGUCAAUUUCAAAAGGAUGCAAACAAUAAACUACUAAAAAUUCUUUUUGAUAUUGACUGUGUAUGCACUCCCCCCGACUUAUUUAUACCGGGAUGUUGGUGUAUACCAGCUAGCUCAACUUUCAAAUCCAGAAGAGGGUAAAUAUAUUUAUGAAAAACUGAAUAAAACACAAACAUGUAAUCUCACAUACACAAAUUAUAUUUAGAAAAAACAUGCACAAUUAGGUAUAACAACUACUAGGUCUUUUACUCAGUCUUUUAACAGUAUUUUUAUGUAUUAAGAUUAAGGGGAAAUACUUAUAUAAGGCAACCUUGCAGGAAUCAGUGCCACACAAGGUUCAGUACGUGUCUGGGACACAACCAGGUAAAAUUAAAUAAAACUAGAAAAGUAUUUUGUGCGUUUCAUUUCCUCCUUUUAACGUACAUUACAUUGGCAACAAGGACUUUAAAUAAAUGGUGUACCUAGGGGAUAAUUGCGGUGGGAUAACGCGCUGCUCAUACUUUUAAACAAAUACAUGAUUAUUUUACAAGAGGUAGACAAAAUUAUAUCUUGGCUGAUGUGAGGAAAACCUCAUCUCAAAAUUCAAUAUUUUUCAAAGAAUAGAAUAGAAUAGAAUAGAGAGAAUAGAAAAAAUAUUUACUAUGCAAUACUUAACAAUAUACAUAUAAUAUAUAUAUAUAUAUAUAUACCAUCACAAUAUCACAUAAAAGGUGAUAUUCGCACAAAUAAAAAUAAAAUAAAUGUCUCCAAACGCUAUAACAUAUUUUGUAAAAGAUACUGUCUAAAAUUAGUCUUAAAGUCUUUUAAUGAAUAAAAAUUUAGUGAGAUAAAAAUACCUGAGCUCAGCAGCUUUGUGGCCAAAUAAACAAACAAAUUUUCAAACUUAGAUGUACGAUGACUUGAUAAAAUAUUUCCAUAAGUAAUUCGGACACACAACUAGUACACUAAAGUGCAAUCUUACUCUAUAUUCAUAUUUUAACAAGUAAUUUUCUAAUUAAAUGUGAGAAAUAUGAUCAUAUUUCCUAAUGGAGUAAACAAAUCGCAUACACGUAUUUUGUACUAACUGUAUUUUAUUUUUGUACUCUACAGUUAAGUUAUUAUAGUAUACCACAUUACAAUACUCCAAUUGUGGAUAAAGGAGUGAUUCUACCAGUAGUAGCUUGAUUUUCACCGGAAGGGUAUUUCUGAAUGGGUACAAGCUCUUUAACUUGUAAUAAAUUAAAGAUACCUUUUUGUCAACAUGUCAUUCGAAAUCAAACUGUCACUGCUUUAGAUCUUUCCCCAUCGAGAGUUACAAUUUGUACAGGAAAUCGCAAGUAACUGGAGAGCCACAAGCAUAUUUCAUCGGAAAAAACAUAGUAGCCAAAUUUCGCAAUGAGCCUAAUGGCUCGUAUGAAUAAACCAGAAGCAAAUGCUUUUACUUAAGUUUUUUUGAGAUAAACAUAUUCAGCUUCAAUACAGCAAAAAGAGAUGGAUGUAGAGUAAAAGCAUUCGCUACAGUGUAUUCGUAUGACCUAUGAUUUAUAAGAUCAAAGGUCUUGCUAUAGUCCAAAAGUACCAAGCAAGACACUUUACUCUAGUCAAUGUUAUGUACAAUAUCAGAUGUUACUUUUGUAAGAGCUGUGGCUGUACUAUGGGAUCUCUGAAACCCUGAUUGCACUUCUGGUAUUAUUUUUUUAACACUAGCAUACUCACUUAUUAUAUUAAAUACAAUUAUUUCGUGCAUUUUCGCAAGUAUUGGCAAGAGACAGAUGGGCCUAAGUUCGUUUAUGCUAGUUAUUUUAACAGUCUUUGGAAGAGGUCUGACAAGUGAGGUUUUCCAUAUAGUUGGAAAAACUCCCCUCCGCAGACACCAGGUAAAUAUGUGAGUAAUGACUGGGGCCACAAAAUCCAAACUAAACAACAUAAUAUCAUAGCUCAAUCCAUCUGCCCCCGUGCUUUUGGACAAAAUUCUAGAAAAUGAUCUAUAAACAUCUAACUCUGUUACAUUUCUAAAAAUACAUGGGUCAUUAUCGAUAUUCAUUUUAUUCUCUCUAUAAUAUUCUAAGGUUAAAGUGUUUACAGGAAUUGCCAUUUGCUGCACACACAAUAUUUCAAAUAUCAUUGUGCACCUAAAAAAUGUUUGUUAGCAGUUUUAGCAUUAGAUAAUGGUAGGUAAUUAUUAUUAUUAUCAUUAUUGAAAAUUUAUAGCAAUAGAUAUUGUUGAUUGUAACUUGAAUUUAUAAUUUUGUUCAUUGUUACAUUUAAGAGAUAAGAAAAUAAAAUUAAUUAUUUUAUAGGUGUUGAUUAUUAUAAUUAUAGCAGCUAAUCACAUUGAGUUUUGUAAAAAUAAUAUAUUUUGUUAAAUUGUACAAUUGAUGUGGAAGUCCCGUCAAUAAAUAAAUAAAUAAAUAAAUAAAUUUUAUUGUCGUUGAUUUUUUGUUAAGUUUGGAAAUAUUGCGAUUUUUUUUGUUUUGGUUUUUUUCUCGGUUUUUUCAUAUAUUGGGUUAUAAUAAAGAGGAGGGCGGUAUUACCUAUAGAUUUCCAAUUUUUAUGUAUAGACAUAGCUCAGACAUACUCAUAAUGUAAGCUUUAACUUUUGUAAUGGAAGUUUCCUGUUAAAUAAAUACAUAAAUAAAUAAAUAGAAAGUUCUGACUAGAUAUAAUAAUAAAACUUACUGUAUUGAUGAUGUGGACUUGAAAAAAAACCCUGACGACACGUUUACAAAAAGAUGGGUCACAGAUUUCAUAUAGGAAAUAUUUCCAAGAGCGAUAUCAAGUAAAAAUUCAACACAAUGAUCAGCCCUUCCUGAUAUCGAAGUCUCAGCCCCGUGAAAUUGAUGCAGGCAUGCCAGAGUUGGUUGUAUUGCUGCCAGAACUUUGCAUCAUGACAGGAUUGUCAGAUAAGCAAAGGGAAAAUUUCCAACUGAUGAAGGCGAUGGGUAAACACACUAGGGUUAGUGCAGGAGACUGCAUGCGAAAACGCUUGCAAUUUGCUGGGCGUUUUUGCGCCUGUCCCACUGCAUUAGAAGAAAUUGGGCGUUGGGACCUCAAACUUGCAGAUAAUUUUAUUGAAUUCCAGGGAAGCGUGUUACCUGCGGAAUCUCUUUUAUUGAGGAUUAACCAGCCCAUUCAAAGUGGAGAAGAAGCUGAUUGGACCCGAAAUUUGCAUACUGCCCCUAUGUAAAAUAAUGUGAGCGUUGAUAAACUAGCCCAAGAGCUUGUUAUUAUAUAGUUGGCAAGGGCAUGUCGAUGGUCAUCAAUUCAAAGGUCUUUGCUAUUCCAGAUGACCGCAACAAUAGCUAUAUUUCUGAAAUAGAGAAAGUACAUGUCUGGGAAUUAUCCAGGUGGAACUUAAUAAAACUUGAAAAGUAGUUUGUGAAAUUGUGUACAUUACCUUAUAGGGAGGAAAUCAAACACACAAAAUACUCUUAGAGAGAAAAAAACCUAAAAAACCUAGGUAUAAAAAAACCUAAACCACGAUUUUCUAUUGCAUUUGGUAAGUUGUUAAAAAUACAGGAGCUUUUGAAAUGGGAUGCAUGGUUGGAAAAAAACCUAAGAUUUAGAAAAAAUAAUUUCAGAUUUUUAGGGUUUUUCAGGUUUUUGGGUUUUUUUGGGUUUUUCAAUUUUUUUGAAGGUUUCCUUAAGGUAUUUUAGGUUCUUUUAGUACGUAACAGUCGUAACAUAUUAUUAGUGAUGUAGGUAUCGGGUCUUCAAAAAAAAAAACAAUCGAAGAUGCUUUGAUUACGAAAACGUGCAUCGCAUUAUUGUUUCUUUAUUGGUCAGGAUUUUUGACAUGACAUUUUGACAUUAAAUUUCAUUAACAAAAUUGAAGAAAAAUAUUGCUAAGACAUACGUUUAAAAAACCAUAGCAAUCUUUGAUUGGUUUUUUUUUUUUUUGAAGACCCGAUAUGUUUAAUUAUUCAAAUCCCGUAGCUGAACUGAUAAAUAAAACAUGGAUAUACUUAGAAUCCUGGAAAGAAGUAGGUAACAAUAUUAGGUAGAAAGUGUGGUGGUGAUCUUUUUUUUUUUUUUUAAAGAAAAACCUAAAAUGCACAUUUUUUAAGAAAUAGGUUUUUUGAAAAAACCUAAUAAACCUAGGUUAAAAAAACAACCCGUACCUGCCAACCCUAAAUGGGACUAUUUAAACCUUUCUUAGUAUUUACAUUGCAUUGAUAGUAAUAUAAUAGGAUCAACUAUAAGUAUAUAGGUAUAGUAACAUUUCAGGGAUCAGUGCCACACAAGGUUCAGUACAUGUCUGGAAAACAACCUGGUAGAUUAAAGAAAACUCUAAGAGUAUUUUUCAACGUAUUUACAAAACGUGAUGGGUCACAGAUUUCAUACAGAAAAUAUUUCCAAGAAAGAUACCAAGUAAAAAUUCAACAUAAUGAUCAGCCAUUAUUGGUAUCAAAAUCUAAGGCUCGUGAAAUCCGCGCAGGCAUGCCAGAGUUGGUUGUUUUGCUGCCAGAACUUUGCAUUAUAACAGGAUUGUCGGAUAAGCAGAGAGAAAAUUUCCAAUUGAUGAAGGCGAUGGGUGAACACACUAGAAUUAGUGCAGGAUACCGCACACGAAAACGCUUGCAAUUUGCUGGGCGUUUUUGCGCCGGUACCACUGCAUUAGAAGAAAUUGGGCGUUGGGGCCUCAAACUUGCAGAUAAUUUGAUUGAAUUCCAUGGAAGAGUGUUACCUGCAGAAUCUCUUUUAUUGAGGAAUAACUAGCCCAUUCAAAGUGGAGAAGAAGCUGAUUGGACCCGAAAUUUGCGUACUGCCCCCAUGUACAAUAUUGUGAACGUUGAUAAACUAGCCCAAGGGGUUGGACAAAUGUUGUCCAUAGUUGGCAAGGGCAUGUCUAUGGUCAUCAAUUCCAAAGUCUUUGCUAUUUCAGAUGAACGCAACAAUAGCUACAUUUCUGAAAUAGAAAAAGUACAUGUCUGGAAAACAACCUGGUAGAUUAAAUAAAACUUGAAAAGUUGUUUGUGAAAUUGUGUACCUUAUAGGGAGGAAAUCAAACGCACAGGCCUGUACUGAACCUUGUGUGGUACUGAUCCCUGAAGGGUUGCUAUACCUAUAUUUCAUAUUUAAUCCUAUUAUAUUACCAAUAAUUAUCAAUGCAAUGUAAAUACUAACAAAGAUUUGAAUAGUCGCAUUUAGGGUUGGCAGGUACCCCCUCCAAGGAGCAGUGAGACCUUGCUGUUGGUGGAGGGGCACAGCGACUGACCGUGCAUUUGACUGGUCAGUCGCUGCUAAGGACAGCUCAACCUCAGAGAGUCUAACUCUAGACAUGGGCAUGGCAAACCCGAGGGACCCCAGCUGGGCUCUCACCCUCUUCUCGGGGUGAUCCCUUACCCUAUCACCUACAACCUGAUACCC